GGACGCGCCUCCACGCCGCAGCGUCAGAGCGCUUUGAGGGCCGGCUUUGGGGGCGCCCUUCCCCUUCCCCCCCCCCCGCUUUCGUCGCCUGUGGAGCCCCAAAUGCUCACCCAGGAAUAUCCUCUCUCCUUUCUCCAGAUGACACCAGUCACUCGUCAAGAAGUCCUUGGCCUUUACCGCAAAAUAUUCCGAAUAGCCAAAACGUGGCGGUCGGCAACUGGACAGAUGAAAGAGACGGAGAAAGAAAAACAGUAUAUUGUCAGCGAAGCUAAAACCUUGUUUUGUAAGAAUCGAGCUCUAACAGAUCCUGAGCUGAUUAAACAGUGUGUGGAAGAGUGCAAGGCGAGGAUAGAGAUGGGACUUCAUUAUCACAACCCGUAUCCAAGGCCUAUUCAUUUGCCACCCAUGGGCCUCGCUCAGCCACAAGCCCGGGCAUUUCGACACCAGGAAAAGCUAAGGAAAAUCUCUAAACCAAUUUAUUUGAAAUCUCACGAUGAAAUUUCAUAGUCCCUGAUCCAGCCAGAGGUUGACAUCGUCUUAAGACUACCGGACUGAUGCACCCGGCAUGACUACCGGUGAAAAUGAGAUUGGUACGGUUACCACCAGGUGAUUUUUUUUUCCUCCCCAAAGGUCGAGAAUCCACUUGGUCCCAAAGAGAGAUGAGAAGGAGGAGCUAAAUCUCCCUUGUGUGAAAAGAAAGAAGCAUUGUGAGGAAAUAAAUAAAAA